AUGCGAGUGUUCCGAGCACCACUCAGUGGUUUGGAAGGCUUUCUGAGCAGCGUGAAGGAUCAUGAGCCCCCGACGGACCUCAAAGAGUUUCAAGAGGAACUGCCGGAUGGAGAGGCUGUGAUCCUUUUUUCUCGCUUGGACACCUAUGAGCUGCCCAAAGAUGAGGCCGCUCAAAUUCGGGAGGCCAAGUUUCACCAACAAGCGACCGCACUUCAUACCACUCCAGGUGCGGGUGCAUCCCCAAAGACUCUUGCGUUGCCAGCGGUGGACGUGAGGCUCGCGCUGGUGACAUCGACCUACUCCAGCGCGGUGGAGGGCUAUGUGGAUCACCUGCGCAGGACGUCCGCGGGAGCUUUCGGCUGGGAUGACGUGGUGGUUUUAACCAGCACAGGCAAGACCUAUCACGAUAUGCUCCAGUUGCACCUGAAAUUCUCCCCGCGAGAUUUCAACGUGAACCGCUGGCUAAUUGAUCACGUCCAUUACAAGACGCGCAAAGCAACCAAUUUCAUCAAUGACAUGUCCAAGGCCUUCUCAAGUACCAUUUCUUUUAGUGAGUCGGAGUCGGUGGCCUCUUUCGUGAGCCAGAAUGACUACUUCAACAACGAGGUGGCCAAACGUUGUGGUUUGACCCGCGCCUUCGUAGCCGUGGCCAACAAUGGCGCCUUCUUCCGCUCGGCGCAGUCGCGGCGCGAGUUGAAUUAUUGGCUCCCCGGGCUCAAUGCGGGGAUUUGCUUGACUCUUGGAUGCCCCGUCAAGCAGCAAGGAAUUCCAUUCGUAGCCAAGAAGGAUGCAAUCCAUGAAAUCACUUUCACCGCGCAUGACUUCGGGCACUUCCUGAUCCCAGACUUGGUCUUUACCGGCAACACCUCGACAAAUGCCAGGCGCACGUACAUCAUCUAUCGCAUGAUGUCUGAAGCAACAACUAUGGUCUUUGCAGAUAUGCUCUUCGUUGAGACUUUGCGCCUCUCCGGCUACUCUUACGACUGGAGCAAGCGGAAGAUCCACCCGCUCUUGGUGGAAACUGGAGUGAAACCCUUUGAGGGUCUUUCGCAUUUCUUCACGGAGUUUCAGAAGCUCCUGGAGGCGAAUGUGGAGUAUUGCUUGAUGGGAUCUACUCAGAAGUACUUGGAUCUUAUUCAAAGGAACCGAGGGCAACUGGAAGCUGGGCAGAGCCAGGCGGUUCUAGAAGAAUUCAAGGCCAAGUAUAUGCCCUUUUUUGUGGAAGAUUAUCGCUGGACAUCAGCAAAUUUUCAGAACAUGGCUGCGCGUGCGGAUGAAUAUCGGCGCUGGUGGCAAUUGGCAGCUCCAGUGGUGAAAGCCGGCCGGUUGGAUCGCAUGGAGCAUGGCAUUGGUUUGGAAUCGGUUGAUGAUCACAUGGAAGCCAUUGGCAUCAGCUCGGAUGGUCCAGACUGUGAGCCCUCAGAGCGACUGGUCUCACGCAUGGAUGGGGCAGGACCAUGUACAGGAAACAUACGGACCUUGUGCAUUUUGAUCGGGGGACCCCAAUCAAUGGUUUGGUCUAUUUUCCUCUCUCCAGGGGGUUCCAACGGAGGUCUCCCUAAUUCAAAGCACACACACACCGGAUACCAAUGGAUCUACUGUAUAAGGGUAUAUGAAGACCAGUCGGAACCACUCAAUAUACUGUAA